UGGUAUGCAAACACAAACUGAUAAGAACUUAAUUUAUGGUAUCAUUCACAUGUAUGUGGUUAUCGGGUUGAAAUGAUACACGGCAUAGGUAAAUGUUGCGUAUUUAUGGCGACUCAUAUUUAAUAGUUAUCUAACAUGUUAAUAUAUUUGUUACAAAAUUAGAGCCGUUCAUCGAAAAUAUGGAGCCACCAGGAAGUGAUUUCGAGACGGGGGAAGAUUACAAAGGAAGAUCUACUUCGACACUUCAGUGCAAAAUUAAAUAUUGCCGCAGGAAUCCGAAUAUCAUUUGUUGGACACUUUUAUUAUUGUUUAUGUUUCUCAUUUGUGUGUCUUCACUAUCGAUAGCCGUAAAUAUUGGUCAGGGGGGACUGUCGAAGGAGGUCAGUAUUAGGCUGACUUUCCUAGAGAACACAGUGGAGGAUAUUACACAGAAAUUUCUUGAGGAGAAGCACAGAGCGGACAAGCUCUUUCAACAGCUGGAGCAGUUAAUGGUGGAACAUCACUGUGCAGAUGUAAAAGACGUUAUAGGCCAAACGCAAACAAAUGUCUCAAAUCGCGUAGCAUUUUCCGCCUACUUAGCGCGCGAUCUGGACAACCUUGGACCGGACCAAACCGUCAUCUUCGAAAACGUGACGCUGAACGACGGCAAUGCAUACAAUCCGUUGCUAGGCACGUUCCAUGUUCCACAAGCUGGUCUGUACUUCUUUACGGUUACACUGCAAUCGUUCCAAAAACGUCGGCAGUGGUUCAAGUUGGUAGCAGAUCGACAUAUACAAGCGGAGCUUUUAUACUAUCCGUUCGGACACCAAAUGGCAACUAAUACAGCUGUACUUCGCUUGAAGGAGGGGCAGACUGUGAGGGUUGCCGUUUCCGAAGAGGAGAACGGUGUCAGUCUUCAGAAUGGCUACACCUCAAAAUUUUCUGGGUUCUUUGUGAACGAAUAAGCUAGUGAUUCAAUGUCCAUUAAGAUAAAAGACACGACACGGAUAUUACAUGAGAUGAGAUACACAACUUAGUAUAAUGUUAAAUAUUAUGCGUUAUGUGAAAUUAAAAGGUGUAGUUUAAGAGUGCGAUAUACGAAUUUUCGUAGCGGGAGCUGUAAUUUUGUGAUCCCGCAAAGACAUUUCGUAAGGAGUACUUUACAAGAGAUAUAGAGCGAAAAUUAUUACGAAAUAAACGCUUAUCACUUCUUCCUGAUAUGGUUGGAGAGUAAGUGGAAUUUAUUCAUUAAACAAAAGCAAUAAAGUGUAUAAAAUGGCGAAAGAUACCUAUCUCGGAAUGUACGUCUCCCCAUCUUGACUAUCACGUUAUUCCCCCCUCUGUGAUAACAGCUAAUUACAUAUAAAAAUAAUCGCAUAAUUACAUAUUACCGGCGAUCGGGUUGAAAUAUCCUCGAUGUGGAAAUCUUUUUUGCAACAUACAUCAAAGAACGCGUGUUGAUCCUCAUAUUGUUGAUAUUGUUGGCAAUGGCUGUUUCUACUGCAUGCUUCCUUAUCGCUAUAAGAGCCGCGUUAUGAGAAAACUGGGCUUAAUGCAUGGGCGUAAAGUGUCAUCCCAGAUUUGCCUGGGCAGUCCGCACAGGCUGAUCAGGGACGACUCUUUCCGCUUUUAUGGUAUUUUUAGUUUCAGGGAUGUCCCACCUUACCAAAAAUCAAGUUUAGGCGGAAAGUGUCGUCCCUGUUUAGCCUGUGCGGACUGCACAGGCUAAUCUGGGACGACACUUUACGCGCAUGCAUUAUGCCCAGUUUUCUCAGAACGCGACUCAUAUGUUUUUCUUGGAGCGUGCUUACCGCCAUAGCAUAUUUGUUUCUUCUAAAGGCUACCGUGUAAUAAAUAAAAAUCAAACAAGAUAAGUAUUGAUGCAAAGCAUCAAAGGGCGUCGGGCAUUUCAGUGUAAAAGGCACUCAAUGAAGUUACAUGGGACGAUUUGUUUUCUACUGUAAAUAUUAAUAUAUUGGCCGAUUAUUUUAAACAAAAUAGAAAAAAGAUACUGGUAUAACCAUUAUCUAUGAUUUUGUGUUAUAACCCCCAAAUAACCAUUAAACGGGAAAGGCAUCAGGUCCAGACCAAAUAAAUAGUCAAGUCCUAAAGCAAAUUGCAUCUGAGAUUGCAGGUCCACUACAAAAUCUUGUUAAAUGUUCUAUUAGUAAUGGUAGGGUCCCACGGAGCUGGAAAGAAGCAAUUGUUUGUGCACUUCACAAAAAGUCUGAUCCUCAGGAUGUUGAAAGUUAUAGACCGAUCUCCCUUUUACGUGUUUUAAGUAAAUAUCUUGAGAGAAUUCUCCACAAAUAUAUAUUUAACUAUUUAAGGGCUAUUGAAUUUAUAACCAUAUUUCAAUCAGGCUUCAUUCCAAAAGAUUCCACUGUCAACCAAUUAGUCUCUGUAUAUCACUCCUUUUGUAAAGCCCUUGACGAAGGUAAAGAGGUCCGAGCCGUUUUUUGCGACAUUUCUAAGGCCUUUGACAGAGUAUGGCAUGAAGGACUUAUCCACAAGCUCCGACUAAGUGGUAUCUCGAGCAAUCUUCUAUCUUGGUUAAAAGACUACCUACAUGAGAGGACCCAGUGUGUUGUAAUCUCUUGCUGCCAAUCUGACCCAUUACCCAUAAACGCUGGUGUCCCUCAAGGGUCUAUAUUAGGGCCCCUCCUUUUUCUUAUAUAUAUAUAAAUGACAUUGUACGAGAUAUUUACUGCCCAAUUCGCCUAUUUGCAGACGACACCACGCUAUAUAUCAGCGUCGACAACCCUGUUGAUGCGGCUAAUCAUCCUUAUUCUGAUCUUUCAAAAAUUCAUUCUUGGGCUGAUAAGUGGUUGGUUACCUUCAAUCCAUUCAAAACUGAAUCCUUAGUUAUAUCUUGAAAAAUCAACCGCCCACUCCAUCCCCCUCUUUUUCUCAACGACUGCCAGAUCACUGAGGUUUCGUCUCACAAGCAUCUAGGCUUAACUUUUUCUGAUACAUGUUCCUGGCAUGACCAUAUUGAAUCAAUCAAGAAGAAAGCAUGGCAAAAACUCAAUCCAAUGCGAACGUUUAAGUUUACGCUCGAUAGAAAGUCCCUUCUAUCGAUAUACACAACAUUUAUAAGACCAAUUCUUGAAUACGCUGAUAUAGUCUGGGAUAACAUUAAUACACAAGAUGAAAUAGAACUUGAGAAGAUUCAACAGGAAGCCGCAAGGAUAAUCAGCGGGGCAACACGUUUGGCAUCUUUGCAAAACCUAUAUAAUGAAACUGCUCUCGAACCAUUACAAACUAGGAGAACAAAACAUAAACUUACCCACUUCUAUAAAAUGUAUAAUUCACUAACACCACCAUACUUGUGCACACUUAUCCACUCUAGCGUGGGAGAAAGAUCGGCUUAUCCUCUUCGUAACUCUAACAAUAUUCGCAGUAUUCAAUGCAAAUCACAACUUUUUACACGAUCUUUCCUACAAUCAACUAUAAACUUAUGGACCAAUAUACCGGAAUCGGUAAGAACAGCUCCUUCUCUCUCUGCUUUCAAAGCAAAUCUUAAUAAAGAUAAGAAAAUAAUUCCCCAGCAUUACUACGAUGGGGAGCGGACGUCCAAUGUUCAGCAUUGUACAAAGUCCAUAUUGUCAAUGCGGUGCGAUUGAAGAUACAUAUCAUAUUUUCUUAAAUUGCCCCAUAUAUACAGAAAAAAAAGAGUUAUCCUUUUACCAAUCUGUCCAGUUUCCAACCCAUAACUUUGCAACUACUUCUUUUCGGUGUUAAAGACGGAUCAUAUGAAGUAAACUCAUAAAUAUUCAAACUUGUUCAGUCUUUCAUUCGAGAUAGUCAUAGAUUCUAACCCAACUCUAUCUCAUGAACAAACCAUAUUCUGCUAACAAUGCCCCGUUCCCGCAACUGCUUCUUUUUCUUACCACAACUUCUCUUAUUCUGAAACUCUACUCUUUCACUUCUUUCCCUUAUUUUCUCAUUUUAUUAGCUAUUAUGCUAUCUACAUUACUCUGUUAUACUUUUUGUAUUUUAACUUUUAUUAUUUUUUCAUUUCUAAACGGUAUGCAAUUACCUAUCACUGUAAUAUAUUGUUCGUAAUUUUAACAUGUCUUUAAAUAGUUGUUAUACGUUUGGUUGUUUACACCAUUACAGCAGCGCUUCUAACUUACAGAAGAGAGACAUAGUAUAAGCCUCGAGCUUCCUUCUCAAUUCUGUCCAAUUGUAUUUUACAGCCUUUAUGUUAAGCAAUACUGCAAUUCUACCUGUCUAGCAUAUUGUUCAAAUAUAAUAUGUAUGUUUGUAUUGUAUUGUAUUGAUUAUAUGUACUAUCAAUGAACUAAAUAGUGUUUAAACCAAAUAACCAUUA